AUGUCCUUCUCGCCACUGCUCGUAUCACUUGCGGGAAGCGACUCCGGUACGGUGUCAUCGGGUGCUCUGGACACCGAGGCAUUGCUCAAGCGUUUCGGUGAGGGUGGAGGCCGUUUCCGGACCGUUCUUUUAAUAUCGGAGGGGGACCUCUGGUGCGAAGCCUUCUUUCAGAAGACACAUAUUCGGCUAUCGGAUGGCCGGUACGUGGUACGGUUGCCCUUCAAAACUUACAUGGAUCCAACUAUGUUUCUGGAAAGAUCGCAUCAGAUGGCGCUGAAUAGGUUCUUGCAGUUGGAACGGCGUCUGUCCAGCACUCCGGAGCGGUGGAUCAAAUAUAGCGAGGAGAUCGAGGAGUACCUUGCCCUCAAGCAGAUAGCGCCGUCGGUGGGCAGUGAAAGCAGUUUGCUGAUGCGUACUUCGACGGGUAGGCAUGUGGCUUCCUGCGUGCUGCCGCAUCAUGCGGUCUUUAAGAAGGAGCCGCAGUCCCUUAAGCAAAGAAUCGUUUUUGACGCCUCCGCAAGGACUAGCAACGGAAGAUCUCUAAACGACGUGUUGUGGACUGGGCCUGCCCUUCAGAACAACAUGUCGCACGCCAUACUGAAUUGGCGGAAAUAUCGUUUCGUUUUUACAGCGGAUACCCAGAAGAUGUAUUGUUGUAAAGAUGUUCAUCCGGAAGACGCCCAAUACCAGCGGACUUUAUGGCGGGCGAUGGAUGAGUCCAUCAGCGUUUUCGCGUUGUCAACGUCAACCUUUGCGAACGCAGACGACCUAGAGGUGCUCACGCAGGCUCAUUUCUUGAUUGGUGUUCAGACGAACACGACUAUGUUUAUAUUAGACAUGUAA